AUGUCAGAACUUCAAGUCUCCAAUUCGGAAGGCGGUUCUUCGCCCAAGCGAAGUCCAUGGAGCUUGCUGCGCGAGAAUCCUUUCAUCGUUGGACUAUCAGCGUUUGCUAGUCUCGGUGGUUUUCUGUUCGGCUAUGACCAAGGCGUUGUUCCCGGCGUACUCACAAUGAAAUCUUUCGCCGCCACAUUCCCUCGCAUCAAUAUCGACAGCGGCUUCAAGGCCGAUUGGAUCGGCAGGAAAGUCUCUAUGCUGCUAGCUGUUGGUAUUUUCACAGUUGGAUCUGUCUUUCAGACUGCUGCCAACGAUGUCCCACUCCUAUUUGCAGCCCGUGCUAUUGCGGGAUUCGGCGGUGGCAUGUUGACCAUGAUUGUCCCCAUGUACAUCUCCGAACUAUCUAUGCCCGAAAUCCGAGGAACACUGGUAGUCAUGCAACAACUCAGUAUCACUCUUGGUAUUCUUGUCAGCUACUGGCUCGAGUACGGAACCCAGUACAUCGGCGGCACUCGAUGCGCUCCAGAUAUCCCUUACUCAGGCGGCACUACCAACCUCCCCAAAUUCGAUCCUCGUUACGAUGUCGGCCCGGGCGGCUGCACCGGACAACCCGAUAUUUCGUGGCGCAUUCCCUUCGGUCUGCAGAUUUUGCCUGCUCUCGUGCUGGGCAUCGGCAUGCUGUUCUUCCCUGAGUCUCCUCGGUUCUAUCUGCUACGCCGCAAAGAAGACGAGGCACUUGCCGCCCUGGCCAAGAUUCGACGAGUGCAUCUCGACACUACCUCACUGCGCAACGAGUACCUUGGCAUCAAGGCAGAGGUUCUGUUCGAAGAGGCUCUCAACCGGGAAGGGUAUCCUGCUCUCUUUCUUAUUGAAAGAGUGGGCAGGCGCCCUUUGCUUCUCUGCGGAGCCGCUGGAACGUUCAUCUCGUUGAUCGUUGUUGGCGGCAUCAUUGGUGGUUUCGGAGAGUCACUCAGAACGAAUAAGUCAGCCGGGUGGGCUGGCAUCGCUUUCAUCUACAUUUACGACAUAAAUUUCUCUUACUCCUUCGCUCCCAUCGGGUGGGUUCUUCCCUCUGAGAUUUUCAACCUUGGAAACCGUUCGAAAGCCAUGGCAAUUACAACAAGCGCGACCUGGAUGUCCAUCUUCGUCAUUGGAUUGGUGACUCCGGACAUGUUGGAGACCAUUGGAUACGGCACCUAACUCUUUUUCGCCGGCUUCUGCGCCAUUGCCUUCUUCUUCACGCUUUUUGUUAUUCCGGAAACGCGCGGCAAAAGCCCUGAAGACAUGGACCUGGUGUUUGGCGACACGGCUGCACAUGACGAAAAGACGAGAUUGGUCGAGAUAGCAGCCUCCAUGGGCCUCACUGAUGUUUUGCCGGAUGAAAAGAUUGAUGAUGCUGCAACCAAGGUUGAACACCACGCUUGAAAGGUGCCUCACAAUGCCAGGUCAUUCUGGUGGGUUUCGGAGACGAAGGAAACAGGCAGCGAGAAAACAAAUCGCACGAUGGUAUACAUUGAUACCGCAGGAAAGCGCCCAGGUCCGAGAUUAUCUCUCUGGGGCGUUGCCAAUUAUCAUGAGAACUUAGGUAGCUCACA